AUGACCAUUAAACAUGCUACUGGAAUCCAUCAUGUCGAAUUUCAUACGACACGUCCACAAAAUUUGAUUGAUAUAUUUGUGCAAACCUAUGGUUUUGUUUUAUCAGCCACAAGAACUACAUGUGACUAUUCUCAGUGGCUUUUGGAAUCAAGUCAAUGUAAAUUGAUUAUAUCAACGACAACAGCAGUAGCAGAAAAAACGACGGAAAUGAAUUGCAGUCAAAAUCAUUAUGAAAUUUUAACACCAUUGCUUGGUGAUGAAACAACACGAAAUUUGGUGAUCAAUCGGGAUACUGCAUUCAAUAUUGCUUUAGCUGUUACAUCUGUUCAGUCAGUGCUCGAUCGAACAUCAGAUGCUCAAGUAAGUCCAAUUUAUAACUGA